AUGGGUAGAGGUCCAAAGAAACAUUUGAAGAGAUUAGCAGCUCCAUCCCACUGGAUGUUGGACAAAUUGUCCGGAACCUAUGCUCCAAAGUCGUCAGCUGGUCCACACAAGUUGAGAGAAUCAUUACCUUUGAUUGUCUUUUUGAGAAACAGAUUGAAGUAUGCUCUCAACGGUAGAGAAGUCAAAGCCAUCUUGAUGCAACAGCACGUUCAAGUUGAUGGUAAAGUCAGAACCGACACUACUUUCCCAGCUGGUUUCAUGGAUGUCAUCACUUUGGAAGCUACCAACGAGAACUUUAGAUUGAUCUACGAUGUCAAAGGUAGAUUUGCAGUCCACAGAAUCUCCGCUGAAGAAGCCACCUACAAGUUGGGUAAGGUUAAGAAAGUUCAAUUGGGUAAGAAGGGAAUUCCAUACGUUGUCACCCACGAUGGUAGAACUAUCAGAUACCCAGAUCCAUUGAUCAAGGUUAACGAUUCAGUCAAGAUUGACUUGGCUACUGGUAAGAUUACCGAUUUCUUGAAAUUCGACACAGGUAAAUUGGUGAUGGUUACUGGUGGUAGAAACUUGGGAAGAAUUGGUGUUAUUGUACACAGAGAAAAACACGAAGGAGGUUUCGAUUUGGUCCACAUCAAGGAUGCUUUGGAAAACACCUUCGUCACCAGAUUGAACAACGUUUUCGUUAUUGGUGAAGAACACGGUAAACCAUGGGUCUCAUUGCCAAAGGGUAAGGGUAUCAAAUUGUCCAUUACCGAAGAAAGAGACAGAAGAAGAGCUCAACAAGGUCUUAUUGC